GUAUAUCCCAUGGACGUCCAUUAAAGGACUUUCUAUGAACGUACAAAGUUGUGCCAAACGUAUAUCCUAUGGAUGUCCAUCGAAUGUCCAACGGACCUUAUUUGGCUCUUAAUGGACGUCCGAAUGUCCAGAAGCGGAUAUCCAUUGGACAUACAAUGGAUGUCCUUGUGUUAUCUGGAAAUUGUUAUUUGAAAUAAAAAAUAAUGGAUCAUGUGGAAAAAAUUAGAAAAUUAACACGAAUACGUGUUAAAAGGUUUCGUGCGAUUCGAAAAACAGAUGAAAAUUAUUCAAUAUCAGGACCAUCGACGUCCAUUGGCCAAAAAUGGUCAUCGAUGACAAAUUUUGAUACAAGUAAGAGUGAAAAAAACUCUGAUGAAUGUGGAAGUCAAGAAAACUGUUUUGUAAGUAAAAGUGCAAGUGAAGAAAACAUGGAUUUAAAUGAAAGCGCAGGAAAUGAAGUCGACAUUAGUGAUGAGAGUAAUAAUGACGGAAGUAAAGGUGAUGUUGAUGGGAGCGAUUUCAGUCAACAUGAUCAAUACAGUGAUGCUGACCAAUAUGAUGAAGAAGAUAUUGAAGAAGAAUGCAAUGAAAUUGAAGUGCUUCGAGAAUGGGCUAUAAAAUCUAAUAUUAAACAUACACAUUUGAAUUCUUUACUUCAAAUUCUUAGGAGAAGAAUACUUCCAGAAUUGCCAAAAUCGUCUAAAACUUUUUUAAAAACUACAUCUGCUGAAUAUGAGAUAAAACAAUUCAAAAAACCGAAUGAUAUUGUUAUUGACGAAUUUGUAUACUUUGGAAUCGCUAAACAUCUUCAAAAAUGUGUAAAUGAAGAUCUGCAUCAAAAAAAUAUGCUGUAUUUACAAUUCAAUAUCGACGGAUUGCCUUUGUUUAAGUAGUCAACAAUUUUGGUCAAUCUUGUGCAAAAUUUAUUUUUAUCCGGAUAUAAGUAUAUAAAGUAUUUCCUGUGGCUAUAUUUGCGGGUACCGAAAAGCCAAAUAAUAUAAAUGAAUAUUUAUCAAGCCUAAUCGAGGAAUUGAACGAACUCUUACAGGAAGGAAUAGAAAUAAGUGGAAGAAUAUUUGAAGUGCAUAUUAAGUGCUUUGUAUGUGACAGACCAGCACGCUCAUUUAUUAAGUGUAUAAAAGGUCACGGUGGAUAUUAUUCGUGCGAACGCUGUACUAUUUGCGGAGAACGAUACAAGAAACGAAUGGUUUAUAUUUCUCCAAAUUGUGAUGAGAGAAGUGACAGAUCUUUUCGAAAUAAAGCUCAACCCGAGCAUCAUAUCAACAUCUCGCCUUUAAUUGAAAUACCUCAACUUGAUAUGAUUAUAUAAUAAUUUUGUACUGGACUUUAUGCAUCUUUGCUCUUUAGGUAUAAUGAAAAAAUUAUUAAUUCCUUAUUGGUUAUAGGAGGCAAUCGAAGCACUAAGUUAAGCCAAAAUAGUAGGUGUCGAUUGUCCCAGAUUUUAAUUAAUUUGCAAUCACAAGUACUGAAGGAUUUUCAACGGACUACAAGGUCACUAUUUGAUGUUUUGAAAUGGAAAGCUACCGAAUUCAGCUUUUUUUAUUAUACUGCGGACCAAUUGUUUUAAAAAGAAUCUUUCUGAGUAAACUCUACAAACAUUUUCUUCUUUUUCACGUUGCGUGUCGAAUAUUAUGUUCAGAAAAUUUAGCUUUGAAAUUUCACGAACAGGCCAAAAUUUAUCUUACACGUUUCGUUCAACUAUCACGUAAUUUAUAUGGAACAGAAAGUCAAAUAAUAAAUAUGCACAGUCUUAUCCAUUUAGCUGAUGAUGUUGUAAACAUGAAAUGCCCUUUAAGUAAAAUUACAGCGUUUCCAUUCGAAAAUGCAUUAGGAAAGAUUAAAAAAUGCUUCGAAGUGGUAACCAGCCUUUACCUCAAGUAUGUCGUCGACUCCAUGAGACAUUCUUUCCCAGAUAGCACAAGGACAUCCAUUGUAUGUCCAAUGGAUAUCCGCUUCUGGACAUUCGGACGUCCAUUAAGAGUCCAAAUAAGGUCCGUCGGACAUUCGAUGGACGUCCAUAGGAUAUACGU